GGUUAUUGUUAUGUCUAGCAGAAACACAUCAGAAGCAAAGUCAAGGGAAACCUGGAAACUCGAAGUAUAAGAUUAUGCGAAAAGGAAUGCAGAUAUGAAAUUUGGGAAGGAAUUCAAGAAACAAAAAGUGCCGGAGUGGACAGAAGCGUAUGUAGACUAUAAUGGACUCAAACGAAUAUUACAAGAGAUAUGCCGUGUCAAAAAAAGUAAGCUACCUCCAGCUCCACUGAGAGCUACUCAACAAAGAUCAAUACUAUGCAGAACCUUUAGUGGUUUAAACCCAGAAGCUGGCAAUCUCCAGAAUUCAGAGGACAUUGAGAACCCAGUAAUAGCUGUUAAUACAGUGCAAGAGGAGAAUUGUAGAAAGUUAUACAACACUGAGUUACUGGUGUCCCCUGAAGAAUUGGAAGAGAAUGAGAUAACCUUCUUCAGAAAACUUGACGAUGAGCUCAAUAAAGCAAAUACCUUUUACAAGGACCAGGUUGAGGGAGUGGCUAGGAAAGCGGCUUUGCUUAAUACACAAAUGGAUGCUUUGAUUGCAUUGAGGAUCAAGGUGAUGAAUCCAAGUUUUCAUGGAUCUAGUUAUCUAAGACGUCUUUCCACGAAUAUUGACAACUUGUUCCCCUCAAAGAUCACAUCUCCAAAAAGAGCAGAGACUUUUGGUAGGUAGCAUAUGAAUUUAACACCAGAAAUGGAAUUGAGAUGCCAAGGACUGGAAUCUGACAUCCAUUCUGAAUCCGAUAGCGCUCCUGUGGCACACUAUGUUGGUGCUUCAAUAGACGAGGCAAAUUCCAGCGAAUGCAAAACAACUCAGUUGGAAAUCCUUGAUCGAGUUAAGAUUUCCAAUAAUUUUGAAACUCCAAUAUCAACAAUUAAAGGAGUUUUCAAGGACUCGAAAGAGAAGGAUUUGAGUUUUAAGAAAGAGGAACUUAGAGAAGUUGAGGAAAGGCUGAAACAUGUUUUCGUUGAGUUCUACCAUGAGCUUCGCCUUCUAAAGAACUACAGCUUCAUGAAUCUUUCUGCUUUUUCCAAGAUCCUAAAGAAAUAUGAAAAGAUCACAUCUAGGAGGGCUGCAAGAUCAUACAUGAAAAUUGUGGAUAACUCUUACAUUGGGAGUUCGGAUGAGAUUACAACUCUCAUGGAUCAGGUGGAAGUUACCUUCAUUAAGCACUUUUCAAAUUCUAACCACCGGGAAGGCAUGAAAUUGCUGAGACCAAAACAGAGGAGAGAAAAGCAUCGUAUAACAUUUUUCUCAGGUUUCUUUUCUGGUUGCUCAAUUGCUUUACUUGUUGCUAUUAUUCUACUCAUAGAAGAUAGAAAAUUAACGGAUAAAGAGAACACAACCUGGUACCUGGGUAUGAUCUUCCCACUCUACAGUUUCUAUGCAUACAUCGUCCUUCACAUGCUUGUGUAUGCCACAAACAUAUAUUUCUGGAGGCGCUAUAAAAUCAACUACCCCUUCAUAUUUGGUUUCAAGCAGGGAACUGAGUUAGGUUAUAGAGAAGUCUUUCUCCUCAGCAACAGUCUUGCAGUGAUUACCCUUGGAACUUUCCUAGUACACUUGUACAUAAAGAUGGACUCAAGAAAACAAGAUUACAAGACAUGCUUUGAUCUUUUUCCUCUGGGCUUACUCAUAGUUGUUCUUUUCAUUGUAUUUUGCCCUUUCAGUUUUCUCUACCGUUCAAGCCGUUUCUUCCUUAUCAAGUGUGUGUUUCAUUGUAUUUGUGCUCCUCUUUACGAGGUGACACUUCCUGACUUUUUCUUGGCUGACCAACUUACUAGCCAGGUACAGGCUAUAAGGAGCUUUGAGUAUUACAUUUGUUUCUACACUUGGAAAAAAUCAUCUCGGAGACAAACCAAAUGCAGCAAUCAUGAUGCUUACAAUAUUUUCUACUUCAUUGUUGCAGUAAUCCCAUAUUGGUUUCGUUUCCUCCAGUGUGUUCGUCGAUUGUUUGAAGAGAAACACAUUGCACAUGGAUACAACGGUUUGAGAUAUUUUUUGACAAUUGUUGCUGUUGUCAUUAGAACAGCUUUUGAACUAAAGAAACAAUUCACAUGGCAAGUGUUGGCUCUGGUUAGCUCAGUUAUUGCUACUAUGUUUAAUACAUAUUGGGAUAUUUUUGUUGACUGGGGGCUUCUGCAAAGAAAAUCAAAAAACAUGUUUCUGAGAGAUAAACUACUGGUUUCACACAAAAGUGUAUACUUUGCAGCUAUGAUUUUGGACAUUCUCCUCAGAUUUGCUUGGCUUCAGGUUGUCCUUGUAUUUAAUGUGCAUUCUUUGCGUGGAACGACUAUAUCAAGCAUAUUUUCCUGCCUAGAAAUCCUUCGCCGUGGAAUGUGGAACUUUUUCAGAUUGGAGAACGAGCACUUGAAUAAUGUGGGAAAAUAUCGGGCAUUCAAGUCUAUUCCGCUUCCCUUCAAUUACUAUGAUGACGAUGAUGAAGAUGACGAUGACAAGGAUGACUAGGUGGUCUAGGUAGGCUAUAUUCGAUCCACUUUUGUAGACUAACCUAUAUGAUACGUUUGAUAAAGAGUAUUUGAUGGAGAAGAGGACGAAUAAGAAGCAAUAAUUUUGUUCAUUAUCCUCCUACCCUUGCUUAGACCCCAAGCACAUGUAUUUUAAGGAAAUU